AUGAGCUCCAGGCACCCACAGCUUCACUUCAUCCUGCUGCUGCUCACAUACUACCGCCCCACCUACAACGCAGCCAAAGGCAGCAAUGGGAUUACAGUCCAGUGCCUCCCUGAUCAGGCUUUGUCUCUACUUCAGCUGAAGCACUCCUUCCACAACCCCGACCUCUCCUCGUGGCAGCAUGGUACGGACUGUUGCCACUGGGAGGGUGUUGGCUGCGACAGGGCCUCCGGUCAGGUGAUCACUUUGGACCUAAGUUAUCGUAGCCUGCAGAGCACCGGUGGUCUCAGCUCAGCGCUAUUCAACCUCACCUCUCUUAGAAGCCUAAGCCUCUCUGGUAACGACUUCAACCAUGCCAGCCUUCCUAGUUUCGGGUUUGAGCGGCUGACCGAGUUACUCAGUCUCGAGUUGUCUGAAACAGGGUUGUCUGGUCAGAUACCUAUUGGAAUUGCGCACCUCGAGAAAUUGCUUACGCUUGAUAUUUCCUACAAUGAUUAUUUGUAUCUUCGAGAGCCACAGUUUCAAACACUCGUAGCAAACCUGACCAAUCUUAGGGAUCUGUAUCUUAAUGAAGUGGACAUCUCCAGCAGUGGACCAACUUGGUCCGUUGCUAUUGCGGACUCUGUUCCUCUACUGCAGAAUCUUGACUUCAAUAGCUUGAGUACAUUGAAAUUGAGAGAGAAUCGUUUCCAUGGGAUGCUGCCUGAAAAUAUUGGAGAAGGAUGUAUGCUUCAGACAAUAGAUUUGAACAACAAUCUAAUUGAAGGGAAAAUACCCAGAUCACUAUCAAAUUGCCAAGGCCUAGAACUCUUUGAUGUUGGUAACAAUCAAAUUAUCGGUUCUUUUCCAUCUUGGUUGGGUGUUCUUCCACGUCUUCGAGUUCUUGUCUUGAGAUUCAACCAACUAAACGGCACCAUAAGGGAUUUUAAAGGCGAUCAUACAAUCAACAACUACUUUGCAAAUUUGCAAAUACUUGAUUUGGCCUCCAACAACUUCUCUGGAAACCUACCAGAAGGAUGGUUUAAUGAACUGAAAGCAAUGAUGGAAAAUGUCAGUGAUGGGGGAGAAGUUCUAGGACAUGAGACAUAUUCAGGUGCACGAUUUUAUCAAGAUACUGUUACCAUAACAUUCAAAGGGUUUGAUCUUAGUUUCACCAAAAUCUUAAGCACUUUCAAUGCAAUAGAUUUCUCAAAUAACUCAUUUGAUGGUCCUGUUCCGGAGUCAAUUGGGAGGCUUGUUGCCCUGCGCGGACUUAACAUGUCAUACAACAACUUCAUGGGACAAAUUCCAUUUCAGUACAGAAACUUGUCUCAGCUGGAAGCAAUGGAUCUCUCUUGGAACCAGAUAACAGGGGAAAUACCACAGGAGUUAACCUCACUUACUUCUCUUGAAUGGUUGAAUCUUUCGUACAACAACUUGUAUGGAAGAAUCCCGCAAGGAAACCAGUUCUCAACAUUUUCAGACAGUUCAUUUGAAGGUAAUGCAGGUCUCUGUGGAGUUCCACUCUCCAAACACUGUGACAAUCAAAGUUCAAUUUCUCCAACUGGAGUGGCUCCUCCGGAAUCUGAGGGUUUGUGGCAGGACAAACUCGGCAUUAUCCUUUUUUUCGCAUUUGUUGGCUUGGGAUUUGGAGUCGGCUUUGCAUUGUCAUUCUUGUUGCGACUGUAUUGCCGCGUGGAAGGAUGGAUCUGCAAGCAAGCAUGGAUCCAUAUGUAAUAAUAGAGCACUUUUACUAUGUACUGUAUUCAGUUUUC